AUGGGCAGUACUUGGCACCUGCCUGGGGAGGUGGUGGAAACUUGCAGAUCUUUGAACCUGCCACUUUGUUCUAGGCCUUUGCCCAGGCUGUGGCCUCUGCCUGGAACUCCUUUCCUUCCCACUCUAGCCCUUCCCACCCGUGCCUCUUCCUCCAGGAAGCCCUCCCUGGUGCCCAGUAGGUCCUCUUCCGCUGCCUCUGGGAUUCUCACCCCACGCUCAGGCCCUGAUUGUCUGCUUUGCACACAAGACUGUGAGCCCCACGAGGGCAGGAAACACAGCCGUUCACAGUUGUGUUGCCCAGCAAGGGCCUGGCCCAGAGCUCCUCAGGAAAUGAAACACCUACAUCCUCUGCUCUGCUCUGUGGCCCUGGGAGCCAGGUGGAGGCAGGAGCCACCCUGGCCACUGUGCCCAGGCUUGGGGCGAGCAGCGGCCGCAGCUGAGGGGCACCGUCUUUCCCCAGCACAUCAAACUCCGGGCUCUGCCCUGUGAGCACUGAUGCAGGGAAGCUGCCCCUUGUGUGUGCCCCUGUGGGGCAGGAGUAAGCACGGUCCCAGGCCGUGUUGCCUCCUCCUAAGAAAGUUCCGUUUACCUGCCCAGCCAUGGCCCUUUCCCUGUGCGGUCUGGAACGGUGGGUGGAGCUGCCAUUGA